AUGAACAGCCAUCUUCCAGACAGAGAAAUCGGGAAUCGUUCUACAGGCCAACGUGGACAACCGAAAGAGGCAUAUAUUGUCUACAGUCCCAAAUUCUGGAUUGACGCCCCAGUCCCAGAGGGCACCCCAGUCCCAGAGGAUGCUCCAGUCCCAGAGGACACCCCAAUCCCAGUCCCAGAGGGCACCCCAGUCCCAGUCCCAGAGGACACUCCAGGCCCAGUACCAGAGGGCACCCCAGUCCCAGUCCCAGAGGACGCUCCAGUCCCAGAGGGCACCCCAAUCCCAGAUGACGCUCCAGUCCCAGUACCAGAGGGCACCCCAGUCCCAGUACCAGAGGGCGCCCCAGUCCCAGUCCCAGAGGGCACCCCAGUCCCAGAGGACGCUCCAGGCCCAGUACCAGAGGGCACCCCAGUACCAGAGGACGCUCCAGUACCAGAGGACGCUCCAGGCCCAGUACCAGAGGGCACCCCAGUCCCAGUCCCAGAGGACGCUCCAGUCCCAGUACCAGAGGGCGCCCCAGUCCCAGUACCAGAGUGCGCCCCAGUCCCAGUACCAGAGGGCGCCCCAGUCCCAGUCCCAGUCCCAGAGGGCACCCCAGUCCCAGUACCAGAGGACGCUCCAGUCCCAGUACCAGAGGGCACCCCAGUCCCAGUACCAGAGGACACUCCAAUCCCAGUACCAGAGGGCACCCCAGUCCCAGUACCAGAGGGCGCCCCAGUCCCAGUACCAGAGGGCUCCCCAGUCCCAGUCCCAGAGGGCACCCCAGUCCCAGUCCCAGAGGACGCUCCAGUCCCAGAGGGCACCCCAGUCCCAGUCCCAGAGGACGCUCCAGGCCCAGUACCAGAGGGCACCCCAGUCCCAGUCCCAGAGGAUGCUCCAGUCCCAGAGGGCACCCCAGUCCCAGUCCCAGAGGACGCUCCAAUCCCAGUACCAGAGGGCGCCCCAGUCCCAAAGGACGCUCCAAUCCCAGUACCAGAGGGUGCCCCAGUCCCAGAUGACGCUCCAGUCCCAGUACCAGAGGGCACCCCAGUCCCAGUACCAGAGGGCGCCCCAGUCCCAGUCCCAGAGGGCACCCCAGUCCCAGUCCCAGAGGGCACCCCAUUCCCAGAGGACGCUCCAGUCCCAGUACCAGAGGGCACCCCAGUCCCAGUCCCAGAGGGCACCCCAGUCCCAGAGAACGCUCCAGGCCCAGUACCAGAGGGCACCCCAGUCCCAGUAAAAGAGGGCGCCCCAGUCCCAGUCCCAGAGGGCACCCCAGUCCCAGUCCCAGAGGGCACCCCAGUCCCAGAGGACGCUCCAGGCCCAGUACCAGAGGGCGCCCCAGUCCCAGAGGACGCUCCAGGCCCAGUACCAGAGGGCGCCCCAGUCCCAGUACCAGAGGACGCUCCAGGCCCAGUACCAGAGGGCACCCCAGUCCCAGUCCCAGAGGACGCUCCAGUCCCAGAGGGCACCCCAGUCCCAGUCUCAGAGGACGCUCCAGGCCCAGUACCAGAGGGCACCCCAGUUCCAGUCCCAGUCCCAGAGGACGCUCCAAUCCCAGUACCAGAGGGCGCCCCAGUCCAAGUCCCAGAGGGCACCCCAAUCCUAGUACCAGAGGGCACCCCAGUCCCAGUACCAGAGGGCGCCCCAGUCCCAGUACCAGAGGACACCCCAAUCCCAGUCCCAGAGGAUGCACCAGUCCCAGUACCAGAGGGCACCCCAGUCCCAGUCCCAGAGGGCACCCCAAUCCCAGUACCAGAGGACACCCCAAUCCCAGUACCAGAGGACACCCCAAUCCCAGUACCAGAGGACACCCCAAUCCCAGUACCAGAGGAUGCACCAGUCCCAGUACCAGAGGGCACCCCAGUCCCAGUCCCAGAGGGCACCCCAAUCCCAGUACCAGAGGACACCCCAAUCCCAGUCCCAGAGGGCACCCCAAUCCCAGUACCAGAGGACACCCCAAUCCCAGUACCAGAGGAUGCACCAGUCCCAGUACCAGAGGGCACCCCAAUCCCAGUCCCAGAGGGCACCCCAAUCCCAGUACCAGAGGAUGCACCAGUCCCAGAGGACAUCCCACUGUGGUACCAGACCCUCAAAGUGCGCCUACCCCAUGUCAACCACAAGUAA